UCAUUGGUGAAGGAGGACAGACCGCGUUGUUCUGACUGGUGGAAUAGAGAGGCCCGCCCCCCUCCCGCGCAGGGCAGAGGACGUAGGUGCUAGCGCUGGCGGUGCUUGGCAGUUGUUGGUGGUCGGUUGCUGUUGCGGCAUGUCGGCGCUGACGCUCCUGUGCGCGGUAGUGGCGCUGCUUCUGGCGGUCGGCAGGGCCAUCCCGCCGCCGGAGGAGGCAGCGCGCAUGGCGCGCUUCGUGCUGCACAACUGCGACUGGGGCGCGCUGGCCACGCUCUCCGCGCAGGAGGGGCUGCGCGGCCGCCCGUUCGCUAACAUCUUCUCCCUCAGCGACGGGCCCCCCGGGCCAUUCAGCGGCAGCGGCGUCCCCUACCUUUACCUGACCGAUAUGGAGAUCUCCGUGCAGGACCUGGAGAUCAAUUCCAGUGCCUCCUUGACUGUGUCUUUGGCACAGACUCCUUACUGCAAGAAGCACAAAUAUGAUCCCCAGAAUCCCCUCUGUGCUCACAUAAUCUUCUGUGGGAGUAUUGUAAAGGUGAAUGAUUCAGAAGCAGACUUGGCAAAAAAAGCGUUAUUCAGUCGCCACCCUGAGAUGGAAAGUUGGCCUAAGGAUCAUAAUUGGUUCUUUGCCAAAUUCAACAUCACCAAUAUUUGGGUCCUGGACUACUUCGGUGGAUUGAAAAUUGUGACACCAGAAGAAUAUUACAGUGUCAAGCCUUAGUGGAAGAUCCUUGGUGAUGCUGAGAUACGAACAAAUUGCACUGCCUGUUUCAUGAAAGAUUUAUUUUCAGUGUGUCGUAGAGCUGAAUUAAUAAUGCAAAAAAAAAAAUCAAACACUUUGCAUUUUUAAUGAGCUUGUAAAACCCUUCUGAAGCAAAUGUAAGUUCUGACUAAAUGGCACUACUUCAAUCAUGUCAUAGUAAAAAACCUUUGUGCAUAAGCCUAACAAAAUUUUAGUCAUUGGACAUGAUUCUGGAAAGAUGUCUCUCUUGACAGUCUGCAUUCAGAAACACUGUUUACUGGAAACUAAAUUAGUCCAGUUCUAAACCUUUCAAUGCCUUAAUGAAAUAACACUUGUGUAAACACUCUCCAGUUGUAUUUCUAAUACCAUUUUAGUUUAGAUCUUUAUGGCAAAAUAUUACAGGACUGUGGAAUGUAAAGCAUUGAUUGUGUUGCCAUGGCAAAUAAUAUGCUGAGUUCCCAAAUUCUGUUAAGAAUUUUCUUUGCAUGCCAAUACACUCCCUUGUUUGAAAUACUUUUUUGUUGCUACCUGUAUUGAAUGUGGUACCAAAUAUGAUUGUGUUUCUUCAAACUGUACCUAUACCUUGUAAGUUCUGUACUUGUACCUCAUGGUAUAUCUUCAGCUGGCAGUGGUUCCAUACUAUGAGUCUUUAAUAGAAGCUGUGUGGUAAUACUUAAAGUAUUUGACUUCAGUGUAAGAAUAGCAGCUUAUAGAUUCAAUGAGAAUGUUGUAAAGGGUUAAUGUUUUCUGAGUAGGAUUCUGAAAUCUUCAGCUUUGUUAGUCUGAUCAAAUGGCAAUACAUCAGAUUUUAUCAACCUCAGCACUAGAAUCAAGCAGAUUUUUGGAUUUAGAAGCCUUAAACAGCAGUUUGGGGUUAGUAAUCCAAAGGUGGUAAAGAAUCAAUAGUGCAUGACAGUAUGAUUGUUGACUUGUAGAGAAUGCAGAUUAAUGAAAAGUGUGCAUAAUUAUUUCUGUUAAGUCACACACAACCAGAAAAAACAAACACCUUUUUAUAACCUCUCUCAUCUCCCUUGUGCUAAGUUCACAAAUAUCCAAAAGCAGUUGUGAACAAGCUGAUUUUUUACAAUGGACAAAUUGUAACUUUUGUCCAAAUAUUACAAAUUCCAAUUGCAAUAGUAUGUGAGACUUCAUAUUCCUUAGAAGCAGAUCCAAAUAUAGAACAGUGGAAUUCGUUGUAUCAAAUUAUCUCUGCAUCUCGACAUCAUUAUUAUAUCACUGCUUUUCUUAAACACUGGAAUGAUUUAUAAAAGUAUUUUCAUGUAUCUUACCAAGUUGACCUCUGCAAGAGGGGAAGAAAGGUACUUGAUACUUUAUCAAACCCAUUCUGUUCUACUAUUUGAAAAUUAAUUUAGGAUCAAAAAUGUACAGUAUGGGAACAAUUUAUGUUGAACAGAUGACAUUAAAUAUGAAAAUGGAAGAUAUUUAAGGCAUAAAUAUUAAAUGUCACUCUAAUUUCUAAUGUGUGAGACUGAUGCUGGGGUUUUGUUACAAUAAAAGUAUUUUUUGACAAGUGCUGUUGUG